AUGGAGGUGGCAGAGUCUAGAGAACCCACCUCGGUUGGUGCGCCGACCGGCACUGACGAAUCCGUCCUCAAUGGCGAUCAAAACCUACUCUACCAGCACUCGCUACUCGAUGAUGAACGAUCGAGCAGUCUGAGCGAGAUUGAUGAUGUCCUAGAAAAUAUGCCGUCUGAUUACGAGUCACCAAAGCCUGAGAAAGUUGCUCCAGAAAACGAUUCAGAGGCAGAAACAGAGCGCAUUGACGAUUCCCCAAACUACCGCACGAGAACAAAUAUCGUGGUGAGCGCAAGCGGAUACGGCCCUAGUCCUAGCAAAUUAGUUCACUCGACGACGUACGAUGACGUCGAGGAGGACGACGACCAUCCGGUAGAUGAGUCGCCGAGCAAGUCUCGCUCGAAAAAUGGUCGCGCCGUCGAUAGCGUCGAGGAACCACAGGACCUUGAGGACCCUGCUUUGCCCGAGAGUGGAGGACAAAAGAGGAAACGUCCUGAGUCCGGGGAUGAACUGAUCUCCGAGCUUGACGAGGAUGAUUUUCCUCCACACAAGCGCCGGGGCUCGGUUAAGAGCGACCUCAGUGACCCGCCCCCGGAUUUGGCUCUUACGCCCGAGCCUAUUGAAGAAGAAGAAAUCCCGAAAGAAAAUCAAGAGGAUACCAUGGUCGAUGACAUCCCUGAAUCUGAUCUACCCUUAGCUCCGACGAAAAGCAAGAGAGCCAGAAAGGGGAAACGGAAAGGGCGCAAAACUAGAGACGCCGACGAUGAUGUUGAUAGCGGAGCUGUUGAGACGGGCGCAGACGUUGAUGAUACGCCUGCCGAUGAGGACACCGCGGACCGUCCAGAAGACGCCGAUGAUGGCGAAGCGGCCGCGAAGCUAGAAGAAGAGUCGGCUAAAAGGACGUCGGCUAUGGACUCUUUGGCUAUACUAGAGCGAGAAUUCGCAACUCUCCGUGACAAGAUCUAUGACGAGAGGAUAUCCAAAUUGAACCGCGAACUAGACAUGCUCAAGGGCCCGAAUCCGACGCAUCCCGAGCUACUGCGCCAACUUGAAUGUGUUAAAGGGUAUCGCGACGCCAAGAUCAACUACGAGCACACUUUGUUCCAAUAUCGACUCAAGUCGUUGCUAAACAAAAGCCAAGCGGAGCGUGCCCAGGCACACAGCACGUACUUUCAACGGGCGCGGGAUAUCCGUGAGCAUCAUUCAAGUGCCAUCAGCAGACAAUUCUACUCGAUUCAGCAUGAUCGUUUCAAGACGGACGAUGUGAGCCCACAACAUUAUGUCCCAUUUCCGACUCGCCGUUCUCAACAAAUUGCGCAUCAAACUGCAUACAAUCAAGAGGUGUCGGUAUUGGCUGGAGUUGCAAAAUAUGUUGGCUUUCCAGCUGCCCCGUCGCUCUUGUCAGCGCGGCCAGCGGAGCUUGAGGACGAUCUGGAAAAGAUGGGGAUCUCCAUUGAGACAAAAGCCCCGGCGCCUCAUCAUCAGCCGACAAUACCUCGGACUACCAUGCCCAGCAUAUCAUCAAACAUUCACCCGAUCUCCGCGGAGGAAGCCUUCCUAGAGCAGACACCUUGGGCGAAUCCACAGCAUCCCUACCAUCAACAUCAGCACCUAUCUCAAAGAUCACAAAAUCGAAUAUUGGACAACUCGCGGGUGCCCGCUUUCGCAACGCCAGCAGGCCAGAUGCGCAUGGUGGACGUUAGCGCUCCGAAUGGAUCUGCCUCCACAAUUGCAGAGAAUUCGUCCGCGAACAAUACACCUUACGGUUUGGAUCAAGACAAUGCGGCAGCGGUUGCAAAGUUGUAUCCUGAUUACGAUACUAGACUGCGAUCUCUCAGCUCUUCUCCCACCGAUGUUCGAAAACCUCAUCCAGCUAUGUAUACCUCUCUCGAACAUCGACCACCUCAAGGUGUCCCGCGAAAUCCUGGCUACUCAUCUCCUCCUUCUCGGCUCGUUUUUGGGACGUCCGGUCACAGGCGAGAUACUUCACCAUCCUUGCCAUCCAAGCCUGUCAACUCCCUCCACCAACCGGCAGGAAUGCUGGGAGGCACAGGCCAAAACCAGAUGGCCGCUCGAUAG